CCGUUGAACAGGUGUUAACUUCCCCGUUCUCGUCGAACGUUAUGUACUUAUACUCUUGCCUAGAAUGCCUCCUCUGUUCCCCGCUUCCUCCUCUUGUCUCUUUCUGUCUCAUUGUAUACCAUUUCUCUAUCUGUAUCUUGGUUACCCCACAUUCUUCACUAUACCAACAUCUUCCUAAUCAUCAUGCCCGCCGCACCAAAGUCUCCAACCCAGGCUCGAAGAACCGGAGCGCCCAAGGCUAAAGGCGCGGUGCGCGCCAAGUCGGGUUGUUACACGUGCAGAAUCCGCCGGAAGAAAUGCGACGAGCAGCCCAACGCAGACGGCAGCUGUCAGACUUGCGUUCGACUUCGACUUCAAUGUCUCGGUUUUGGCGCAAAGCGCCCCGAAUGGUUACGGGCAAGCGACAAGGUCGUUGACCUACGAGAAAAAAUUAAAAAUUUUCUUGCCGCACAAGGGAUGAUUAAGGGUCACUCAGGAGCUGGGCCUCGCCCAUCAGACCAAGAACCUUCUAUUCUAUCACUUUCAGCAGACUAUACUUCACCUAGUACGAGUCCUCAGACACCGACGUUGUCGAUCUCCAGUGACGAGCGACACCCGGGUAUAGCACGGAAUGAUUAUCUUCGAGGGGAUACUGAUGCUCGCCUUCCGGUGAUGCAGGACAUUGAUUCACCAUUGGACGCUCGGGAAACUUAUCCCGGGGUUAUGCUACCUGCGUAUCCGUCUUCCACUACUUAUACGACUAGCUUAGAACCAUCAUGGUCGCAAUCAAGCGCGUUGAUUCUGCCUCGACCUCACACCAGCGAUCUCUCUCCAAUGUACAAUACACGAUGGCCAGACGACGACAACUAUAACACCAUGACCACCAUACCCUCUGGAUAUCUCUUGCCCCCUCCUGUUAACACCUUCCAUCAGAAUUGGUUUGACCUGAACGUCUACCAAAACUCGUCAUUGCAACAUUAUAUGGAUCAUGUUCUCCGUAUCCAGUACUUGCAUGCCGACGGGUCCAUUGAUUCCCUUAUCUGGAAUCUCAUACAUUCCAGUGACACAGCCCGAGAGGCUGCAUGUCUACUUGCGGAAUUGCACCGCAAUAGUACGCAAGGGCGUUCGAUUGGUUACAGUGCGCCAGAAGAUCAUGAUGUAUACAAACGCAUCCAAAGGGCCACAAAACUGACCGAAGGAGACGCUCUUGCAAGCCUUUGCAUGGGCAGUGGCAAGCGUUCCUCGACAACUGCUUGCCGAUUUUCCAUCAACAUCCUCCAGCGGAAGCAUGUUUCGCCCGACUGGGCACUGAUAGCCUGCACUGACAGCAUGCGAUUUAUCAUCAAGACGUCCAUGUGGUUCGAUGUGCUCGCCUCUGCAACGUUGAUCCGUCGUCCCAUGUUCCUUGAAAUACUGCGUUCGCUGUAUGGGCCCACCGCCACCAAUGAGCGCAGACCGGAACUUUCCAUGAUGGGUGUCAUGGGAUGCGAAAACCGCAUCGUCCUCGCCCUCGCCGAAAUUGCUGAUCUCGCAUGCUGGAAGGAUGAACUCGUGCACGCUGGUAAACUCAGCGUUCCUGAGCUCGUCAGACGUGGGCAACGUAUUCAGUCCAUCCUGGAGACUACCUAUGACAACAGUAACCCCGAUGGUGCUGACGUUGAAAAGUCUCACCGACGGCGCCUCACUUCUGAGGUAUUCCGCGCGUCUGCUCUUGUUUAUCUCCAUUCCGUCAUCUCUGGGGAUCACCCACAAUGUCCAGAGAUCGUGUCCGGCAUUGAAGAAACAGUCAGGUGUCUCAAGCUUGCUGAAGACGUCACCACAGCGCGCCACGUUGUGCGCAGUGUCGUAUUCAGCAUAUGCAUCUGUGGCUGCCUGACGGAUAACAAGCAUUACCGCGAUUACUUCCUGCAGCGCAUACAGGAGCAGCAGACUGAGACAGUUGGGAACUGUGCUCGGGUCGGUGAUCUCAUGAAACAAGUUUGGACAAGCCGAGCAAGAGGGGAACCUGUGGACUGGCGCGUAGUCAUGCAACAUUCCCAGAUGCUUCUUGUCUAG